GGCACCGAACUUCCGGAAAUUGUCCGGUUCAAAUUCUCCUCCCCCGAAAUUAUCACAAUCCACAACCCCAGCAUCCAUCCGUCUUCUAACCCUACUUUUUUUCUUCCGGAUCUUCCCAUCGGACUCCGCAACCUUCGAGGACGAAACCGAAUCCCCGGCAACUCCGACUGCCUUUUUCAGAGUUAUUUAGCUCCCACCAACACAUUUAAUGGAAGUAGCAACCGAGACACCUCUGAAGAAAUCAAAGAGGCUUACCUCUGUUGUGUGGAAUCACUUUGAAAGAGUUAGAAAGGCUGAUACUUGUUAUGCGGUAUGUUUGCAUUGUAAAAAGAAACUCAGUGGGUCAAGCAACAGCGGGACUACCCAUUUGAGAAAUCAUUUGGUUCGAUGUCUCAAAAGGUCCAACUUCGAUGUUUCUCAAAUACUUUCAGCGAAAAGGAAGAAAAAGGACACUGCCCUUACCCUCACAGAGACUAACUAUGAUGAAGACCAAAAACAAGUUGAAAUUAUCUCUCCAGGAAAUUUUAAGGUUAAGCAGGAUCCCAAAAGAGAGGAGUCCGCCAACCAUGGAGGCAUGAAUCUCGGAAACAUCAAGUUUGAUCAAGAUCGUAGUAGGAUGGAUAUUGCUCGUAUGGUCAUGUUACAUGGCUAUCCAUUGGAAAUGGUUGAGCAUGUCGGUUUUCAAAUAUUUGUCAAGAACCUUCAUCCCUUAAUCGAAAUUGCCAAUGGGACAAUUGCACUUGAUUGUGUGACUAUCUAUGGGAAAGAGAAGCAAAAGGUUUAUGAACUCCUUCAUAAUCUCCAGGGUAGAGUUAACAUUGCGGUUGAUAUGUGGGAUUCGCUCGAGAACGCAGGUUGCUUAGGUCUGACGGCAUGCUACAUUGAUGAGGAUUGGAGAAUGCAGAAAAAGAUUCUCAAUUUCAUAACCCUAGACACUUCUCACACAUAUGACAUGCUUUCGGAAGUCAUUAUUAAGUGUUUGAUGGAUUGGGAUAUCGAUAGGAUGCUGUUCUCAAUGACUUUCGACAAUUUCUCUUCCUACGACGAUACUGCUGUCAAAAUCAAAGACUGGCUAUCUCAAAACAAGCCCCUGUUAAAAGAUGGCCAGUUCUUCGAUAUUCGAUGUGGCACACACGUUCUAAGGUCUAUGGUUCAGGAUGCUUUUGAAGCGAUUCAUUUGAUAACCGAUAAGAUUCGGGAAAGCAUUAGGUUUGUGAAAUGCUCUCAAGCGAAUCAAGAGAAGUUUAAUGAAGUCGCUAAAGAAGUCGGAAUCGAUACCACGAAGAAGCACAUGUUCGUCGACUGCCCAGUUCAAUGGAAUUCAACCUACAACAUGCUCGAAACCGCUUUAGAAUACAAGAAAGUGUUUUCUGCCCUGAAAGAACAAGAACCGGGCUAUACUAUGGGUUUAACUGAUGAAGAGUGGGAAUGGGCGACUACAAUCACCGGCUAUAUCAAACUCUUUGUUGAAGUAAUUAACGUCUUCAAAAGUAAUAAUCCUCUGACAGCGAAUAUAUGCUUUCCCGAAAUAUGCGACGUUCACAUUCAUCUGAUGGAAUGGUGCAGGAGCUCCUAUGAAUUCACCCGUUCCUUAGCCUUAAAAAUGAAAGCCAAAUUCGACAAGUACUGGAAUAAGUGCAGUUUGCCUCUGGCGGUUGCGGUUAUCUUGGACCCCCGAUUCAAAAUGAAGCUGGUGGAAUAUUGUUAUCCACAGAUUUAUGGGGAGAAUGCUUCCAACAGUAUAAAAGAGGUCUCUAAUGGAAUAAGGGGUUUGUUCAGCGAAUACUGUAUAUGUACGAAUUCAAUCGAUCAAGACCAGACGAAGGCUGGGAGUAGUUCAUCGGGUGCUAGCAAUGGUUGUAGAGAUAGGUUAAGGGGCUUUGACAAGUAUCUUCAUGAAACUUCGCAAAGUCAAAGCAUAUCGUCUGAUCUGGAUAAGUACCUGGAAGAACCUGUCUUUCCUCGUAAUUACGAUUUCAAUAUACUGAACUGGUGGAGGGUUCAUACGCCUAGAUACCCUAUUCUGUCUAUGAUGGCACGCGAUAUAUUGGGGAUUCCUGUGUCGACUUUCUCACAUGAAUUGGCGUUUAGUUCUGGAGGGAAAAUGCUUGACCCUCAAAGAAGUUCACUUAACCCUGAUAUUCGAGAAGCUUUGGUUUGUGGGCAAGACUGGUUGCGAACAGAAACAGAAGUUACAGAGAAUAGCACAACUUUCAUCCAUAAUGCUAUUCCUAUUGCCAUGGAGCAGAGCUGAAGCAAUCUAUAUCCAAGUGAAGUUAAUGUAAAUUUAUCAUAUGCAUGGCUUUUCUUAUUUGUUUCGCAGACUAACAGUUAGGCGCGUUUUACUUUAUCUUGUUAAUGUAAUAUUUUGAGUGAGUUUAUUUGAAUUGGAUUUUUAA